CUCCCAUCGUCUUCCUGCUGGUGGCUGCGGCGUCUGUGCACGACUGAGCACCUAAGGCAAAGAGGAGCCCAUUUGACCUCUAGUCCUGCGAGAAUGUUGGGGCAAGUGAUCACCCUCACAGUCCUCCUGUUCUUCAAGGGGCAGCAGGGCCAAAAAUGCCCAGAUUCUACUGACCACCGUGUGAUCAGCCUCUCUGGAAAGCCUAUCAAGCUUGAACAUCCCAAGCCACAGCCAAAGACACAGAUAUACUCUGUUGAAUGGAAGAUGCAACUGCCCUUGAAACCUUCUGUGAUACUGACUUCUUGGAAGAAUGAUUCUAACUUGAAGAAUUUGCAGAAUAAUCUCCAAAAUACAACUAUUUUUGACAGCAAGGACUUAAGUUUUCUCAUCGAAAGCGCUAAACCACAGAACAGCAGUCUGUAUAUACUGGAGGUCACCUACCAUUCUGGGCUUGUUUGCCCCCUGUCCUUCAAUGUAUCAGUAUUGGAUCAUGUUGAGAAGCCAAAACUUUUGUGGCAGUGGACGGCCCUUGAUGAAAGGGUAUGUCAAGUGUCUCUGUCCUGCCUGGUCUCCAGAGAUGAUUAUGUGAGUUACACUUGGUACAGAGGGAAUGAGGUGAUUGCCACACAAAGGAACUAUACCUAUGUGGAGGAUCUGAUGGAUGACAGUGACCCGCACACGUAUACCUGCAAUGUCAGCAACCUUGUCAGCUGGGACAGUGAUACCCUCAACCUCACCCAGGGCUGUCUGAGAGGCCCCUCGAAAUCCCAAUUUCUGCUCUGUCUGGUGAUCAUCCUGAUUCUAGUCAUACUGUUCGUUGGAACCCUCACUGGCUGGUAUGUGUGGAAGCAGAAGAGAAAGCAAUCACAGACCAGUCCCCAAAGAAUUUUGACAGUUUAUGAUGAUGUCCAGGACCUGCGAGUCAAGAGGAAUCAAAAGCAGAAUGAGGUACAGAAAUCUCCUGGAGAAGGGACUACCAUCUACUCUAUGGUCAGGCUCCAGUCUUCAGCUUCCACAUCAGAAGAAACUACAAAAACGUUAUAUUCAGUGGUACAGAAUUCUCGGAAGAAGAAGAAUUGUAGCCCUUCUGUGACUUGCACCAUCUAUGAAGAGGUUGGAAAGCAAUGUCCCAAGGCUCGAACCCCUGCCCGACUGAGCCAAAAGGAACUGGAGAGCCUUGAUAUUUAUCCCUAAGUGCUGCAGCCCAUCUUGCCUUUGUAUAUACAUGCUCUGGGAAUCAGCACAACAGAUGAUGUGAUAUGCAUCUCUAUGAACAAAUUCAUCAAUGGAAAUAAUACAGACAUAUACUCAGGGUUUAUAUUUUGUUUAGAAAAGGAUUUCCAACAGCCCCUACAAGAACAAGAUUGUUAAAUAAUGUCUUCCAAGUUGUAGACCAGACAAGCAUGGGUGGAGAGCUCAGGCUGGUCACAUUCUGACAUCUUUUGUCUAUAAAGCUCUAUGAACACGUAGAGUAGAGCUACCCUCCUUCUGUUUCUAACCUGUUCCAUUUCUGGUUCCUCCCCUUGCUCAGAAUCACUUUUCAAAGCAAGAGCAAGGAAAGACAUGGUGACUCCAAGAAAGAGGAAGCCACUUUCCCCCAUCAGGCCUUGCUGGUGGCUGUGACUUGGCUGGCAGCUCUUGCUGGGAAGCAGAGCCUGGUACUCCUCUUCCCCAUUUUGUACCUCUCCUUCUGACCAAUUGACUCUAAGGGGCAGCAAGGCAGGAAGGAGAGGUGAUGCAGAACCAGUCCAUCUUGGAAUAGAAAAUCACCCAGAGUAUAUAUUAUCCUGGUAACUGGGAGAUUGAGACCAGAUUUAUCUACAGUGUGAUGUUUGAUUGACAAUGACAUCUUAUUAGCUAUCUAUUUUAUGUUAUUUAUAGGAGCAUCCUCUCAGAAGCCACAUUCUAUUUAAGUUCUCAGUCUGUUGGAUGCUCCCACAGUAUACCUGAGGGAGGGCUCAGAUAGUUGAGAACUGAAGAUGAGGAAGAUGCUAUGCUGGGUUCCCUGUGUUUUUAAGCCAAUCCUGUCAGCAAAUCUGUGGGGAUCAAGCUCUAGAGUCUUACUAAGAUCAAGGAAAAGAUGA